CCCGCCCCGUAGCCCCGGUUGAGGAAGUGAGUUCCGCUGACAGGGCUGGGUUCUGAGGAGAAGCUGCUAGCACCCGCUGCUCGGCUAAAAACACGGUGUAGCGCUCACACAACUGAGCAGAACCAGCAAACAGCCUCCGAGGCGAGAGCUUAGACUCAUCCGGGACCGCGUAUUUAUCCUUCCGAGAACGCUGCAAACAUGAAUGAUCAGCAGUUAGACUGUGCCCUGGACCUGAUGAGGCGUCUCCCUCCACAGCAGAUUGAGAAGAAUCUUAGUGACCUCAUUGAUCUGGUGCCCAGCCUGUGUGAGGAUCUGCUCUCAUCUGUGGAUCAGCCUCUGAAGAUUGCCAGAGACAAAGUGGUUGGGAAAGACUAUCUGCUCUGUGAUUACAACCGCGACGGUGACUCCUACAGAUCUCCAUGGAGUAAUAAAUAUGAGCCCCCUAUUGAUGAUGGUGCCAUGCCCUCGGCCCGUCUGAGGAAGCUGGAGGUGGAGGCCAACAAUGCUUUUGACCAGUACAGAGACCUGUAUUUUGAGGGUGGCGUGUCAUCCGUGUACCUGUGGGAUCUAGAUCACGGGUUUGCUGGAGUCAUCCUCAUUAAGAAGGCUGGAGACGGCUCCAAAAAAAUCAAGGGCUGCUGGGAUUCCAUCCAUGUGGUGGAGGUGCAGGAGAAGUCGAGUGGUCGCACUGCACAUUAUAAACUCACCUCCACGGUGAUGCUGUGGCUGCAGACGACCAAAACCGGCUCUGGAACCAUGAACCUGGGAGGAAGCCUCACUAGACAGAUGGAGAAAGAUGAGACGGUCAGCGAGUCCUCACCACACAUCGCCAACAUUGGACGCCUGGUUGAGGACAUGGAGAAUAAGAUCCGCUCCACCCUCAAUGAGAUCUAUUUUGGCAAGACCAAGGACAUUGUCAAUGGCCUGAGAUCUAUUGAGUCUCUCCCUGAUAAUCAGAAGUACAGGCAGCUGCAGCGAGAGCUUUCUCAGGUUCUCACUCAGCGCCAGAUCUUCAUAGACUAGGGCUGGAGGAGUGUGCAGACGCUGGCGGCGGUUAGAGCCAAGCAGGAGGCUCUGAGGACCGACCUGAUCGACGCACUCAGCAAACGCAAACAGCAAAGCUAGAGACACCCUCACACCCCACCACCCCCACUCUCACUCCCUCCUCUCUCUGCUGUUUAUUUUGUCUCUCAAGUUACUUUGUCGUUGUCUCCUCUGUGCUUGCGCUCUGUCUGUGGAACGACAAAAAGAAGACAAACGCUUGGCUUUGGGGUUUUUGUACUGUUUAGAAUUUUCCUGCAGGUUUUGCAGCACUUCUCUUUAUUUCUGUCAUUCAGCUCAUGAUGAUGAUGAUCAGAGUGUUUCUGUGUAACAUUAUGGAUUGUAUACACAUACAAAUCACACCCCUUACAGCCACGCCCCAUACAAAUCACACCCCUUACAGCCACGCCCCAUACAAAUCACACCCCUUACAGCCACGCCCCAUACAAAUCACACCCCUUACAGCCACGCCCCAUACAAAUCACACCCCUUACAGCCACGCCCCAUACAAAUCACACCCCUUACAGCCACGCCCCAUACAAAUCACACCCCUUACAGCCACGCCCCAUACAAAUCACACCCCUUACAGCCACGCCCCAUACAAAUCACACCCCUUACAGCCACGCCCCAUACAAAUCACACCCCUUACAGCCACGCCCCAUACAAAUCACACCCCUUACAGCCACGCCCCAUACAAAUCACACCCCUACAUAAGCCACACCCACAACAUCUCUCUUAUAAAGGCACUUGCUUGAGUAAUCUGCAGGAGACAAAAACCUCUUAAUCAUCAUUAUUAAUAUGAUUGUUAGUAGUUCUCUUUGUGUGCGCGUGUGCGUGUGUGUGUGUGUGUGUGUGUGUGUGUGUGUACACAACCCAUUAAACUUUUGUAUAGCUCCCCUCCACCACCACCUCUCUGCACUCUCCCAGUUUUAUUCUGGAUCUCUCACCCAAAGCUUGGCAAUCUGUUGUUUUUGUUUUGUUUGUUUUUGUUUGUUUGGAUGGGGGUGGGGUAUUACAUGUCCUUUUUAUUUGUUUGUUUUUGUAAUGCUUACAGUUCAUGUAUUACUAGGAGCCUCCAGCAACAAUAAAAACUGUAAAAUGCUAUAAACAAUCAAACAUCUCUGCUUUGUGUGUGUGAACUAAACACUUUGGAUGAUUUCAUUUGAAGUCCUUUUCUCUCGAGAUGUGUGAACACACACAAGCGCUCGUGUAGAUGUAAUAAAUCAGUAGCUUCCUAAUAACUGGAGUGAAUAAGUUGUGUGUAUUUGGAGAGAGGACACGGGUGAGUGAGGCUCAUGUAGGAUUCCAGUCUUUAACUGUAGCAUCUUAAUCUGAACAGCUUCAUCAUCUAACACACGUCACUGUACAUUUCUUUAUCUGUCGUUAUUCACACUGUGUCUCAUAAUCUGUAUUAAUCUACACAAAAUCAGGUACAUCAUAUAAACAGUUUAAUAAAGUGUCUUUUCGA